UUUUAAAAGAUGCCAUUUGCUACAUAUAUAUAGAAUGCUUACUGUGUUCCAGAGGUUAUGCUAGCGAUAAGAGAUUAAAUAUAAAAUCUCUGUCCUCAAAGAACUCUGAACCAGAAGGAAGGGACAGAAAAACAAUAGAAUAACCUGUGAUGAGUUUGGAUAAGAAAUAAGGGGAAAGUGCUAUGGGAGUACAGAGAAAGGAAUGCUUAAUUUAUUCGGGGUGGGGAUGGAGCCCAUAAACACUUCCUUGAGGAGAGGAUGCUUGAACUAAAUCUGGAAGGAUAGUUAGAAAUCAUCUGUAAAGAAAGGGAACCUUGUGAACUGAGGAAGAGUGAGUGCUACCACACUGUGAGAGACAAGAUGUUUAGUAUGCAUGGUUAGUACGCAUUUGGAGAAUAGUGGAAUGAGAUUAGAAAGAUAGAGGUCCAGUUAAGGAGUUUGAACUUUACCUGGUUAGUAUUUGGAAAUCUUCAUAAAAUUUUUAAGUAGUGUAACAACAUGAUGAAAUUUAAAUUAUAGAAAGAACCGUAUAGGUGGUUGAAAUUCGAGACAAAAUAUCUAUUAGGUGGUUAAUGCACAGUUCAGGGGAGAGAUGUUGAGGGGCUGAACAGAGGCAGUAGUUAUAGGUAUAGAAGAGAGGACUAGUUUGAGAAAUAUUUAGAUAGUAGAAUAGGAUUGGGUGGCAGGAUGUAGAGAGUGAGGAGAGUUUCUAGGAUGACUUGAAGGUUUCUAAUUUUGCCUUGUGUCACUGGAUGAGCAUGGCCUUUGGAGUCAAAUAUGCCAAGCUACUCUGCUAAAAGCUAGAAUGAAACAGUUGCCUGCAGCAACAGUUCGCCUCCUUUCAAGCUCCCAGAUAAUCACUUCAGUGGUCAGUGUUGUAAAAGAGCUCAUUGAAAACUCCUUGGAUGCCGGUGCCACAAGCAUAGAUGUUAAACUGGAGAAUUAUGGAUUUGAUAAAAUUGAGGUGCGAGACAAUGGUGAAGGUAUCAAGGCCGUUGAUGCACCUGUAAUGGCAAUGAAGUACUACACAUCAAAAAUAAAUAGUCAUGAAGAUCUUGAAAAUUUGACAACUUAUGGUUUUCGUGGAGAAGCCUUGGGGUCAAUUUGUUGUGUAGCUGAGGUUUUAAUUACAACAAAGACAGCUGCUGAUAGUUUUAGCACCCAGUAUGUUUUAGAUGGAAGUGGCCACAUAAUUUCUCAAAAACCUUCACAUCUUGGUCAAGGUACAACUGUAACUGCUUUAAGAUUGUUUAAGAAUCUACCUGUAAGAAAGCAAUUUUACUCAACUGCUAAAAAAUGUAAAGAUGAAAUAAAAAAGAUCCAAGAUCUCCUCAUAAGCUAUGGUAUACUUAAACCUGACUUAAGGAUUCUUUUUAUACAUAACAAGGCAGUUAUAUGGCAUAAAACUAGAGUAUCAGAUCAUAAGAUGGCUCUCAUGUCUGUUCUGGGGACUGCUGUUAUGGGAAAUAUGGAAUCAUUUCAGUACCACUCUGAAGAAUCUCAGAUUCAUCUAAGUGGAUUUCUUCCAAAGCACGAUGCGGACCACUCUUUUACAAGUCUUUCAACCCCAGAAAAGAGUUUCAUCUUUAUAAACAGUCGACCGAUACACCAAAAAGACAUAUUAAAGUUAAUCCGACAUUAUUACAAUCUGAAGUGCCUAAAGGAAUCUACUCGUUUGUAUCCCAUUUUCUUUUUGAAAAUUGAUGUUCCCACAGCUGAUGUGGAUGUAAAUUUAACACCGGAUAAAAGUCAAGUAUUAUUACAGAAUAAGGACUCUGUUUUAAUUGCUCUUGAAAAUCUGAUGACGACUUGUUAUGGAUCACUACCUAGUACAGAUUCUUAUGAAAAUAAUAAAACAGAUGUUUCCUCAGCUGACAUGGUUGUUAGUGAAACAGCAGAAACAGAUGUGCUUUUUAAUAAGUUGGAAUCAUCUGGAAAUAAUUAUCCAGAUGUUGAUACUUCAAGAAUUUCUUUCCAAAAUGAUGUACAUAAUGAUGAAUCUGGAAAAAACACUAAUUAUUUAAAUCAUCAUAUACAUGUUGGUGACCAUUACGAUAAUCGUUUUAGUAGUGAAAACUCUAACAUUGAUAAGAAUACUAGAAAUACAUUUCAAGAAAUCUCAACGAAUAAUUUAUGUGAAGGCACACAGAAGGAAUACAAUGAAACUUAUUUUGUAGAUUGUGUUAAGCAUGCGCAAUCUGAAAAUGUCAAUAAAGAGCAUAGAGAUGAGAGUGGGAAAAAUGAGAAAGAAGCAAUUCCUGAAAAAUCUUUGGUAAUUUCUGCAGAUGACUGGAGCAAGGGAAAUACACUUAAAAAUUCAAUAGGAGAAAAUAUCGAACCUGUGAAAAUUUUAGUGCCUCAAGAAAGUUUAACAUGUAAAGUAAAUGAUGAUAAUAAUCUAAGCCCUGAACAAAAUCUCAGCGAACGUUCUAGUAACAAAAAAUCAAAUGUGGUAGAUAACAUAUCUGGACAGCUUACAGCUUAUGAUUUAAUUAGCAAUCACGUAAUCAAGAAACCCAUGUCAGCAAGUGCCCUUUUUGUUCAAGAUCAUCGCGUUCAGUUUCUCACAGAAAAUUCUAAGACCAGUUUAGAGGAUGCAACAAUACAAAUUGAAGAAAUGUGGAAGACAUUGAGUGAAGAGGAAAAACUGAAAUAUGAAGAGAGGGCUGCUAAAGACUUGGAACGAUACAAUAGGCAAAUCAAGAGAGCCAUUGACGAGGACUCACAAAUAUCAUUAAAAGAUGGCAGAAAAAAGAUGAAGCACACCAGCUCAUGGAAUUUGGCACAGAAGCACAAGUUGAAAAGUUCAUUAUCUCAUCAGCCAAAACUUGAUGAGCUCUUUCAGUCCCAAAUUGAAAAAAAAAAGAACCAAAGCAUUAAAAUAGUUAAAAUUCCCUUUUCUAUGGAAAACUUAAAGAAAAAGUUUGAGAAAUAUAAAAAAUUUGAACUGGAGGAGGAAGACGAACUUUGCUUGAUCCACAAUCUCAAGUUUCCUGAUGCAUGGCUAAUUACAUCCAAAACAGAAGUUAUGUUAUUAAAUCCAUAUAGGGUGGAAGAAGCCUUGCUAUUUAAAAGACUUCUUGAGAAUCAUAAACUUCCUGCACAGCCACUAGAAAAGCCAAUUAUAUUAACAGAGAGUCUUUUUAAUGGAUCUCAUUAUUUAGAGAUUUUAUAUAAAAUGACAGCAGAUGACCAAGGAUACAGUGGAUCAACUUACCUGUCCGAUCCUCGUCUUACAGCAAACGGUUUCAAGAUAAAAUUAAUACCAGGAGUUUCAAUUGCUGAAAGCUACUUGGAAAUAGAAGGAAUGGCUAAUUGUCUUCCAUUCUAUGGAGUGAUGGAUUUAAAAGAAAUUCUUAAUGCUAUAUUAAACAAAAAUGCAAAAGAAGUUUAUGAAUGUAGACCUCGCAAAGUGACAAGUUAUUUAGAAGGAGAAGCAGUACGUCUGUCAAGACAGUUACCCAUGUACUUGUCAAAGGAGGAUGUCCAAGACAUUAUCAACAGAAUGAAGCACCAAUUUGGAAAUGAAAUUAAAGGAUGUGUUCAUGGUCGCCCAUUUUUUCACCAUUUAACUCAUCUUCCAGAAGCUACAUGAUUAAAUAUGUUUAAGAAAAUUUGUUACUAUUGAAAUUGAUUUGGUCAUAAAAUAAUAUGAGUCAAUAUUUAAACCCUGUUUGUACUAUCAUGAGUUAAAUGGUUAUUUUAUAAGUGAAGAUUCACUGGCUUGUUUGUAUAUUAAAACAUUUCAAAAACUGUAGAAAACAUAAAUAAAAGAAUAUAGGCUGUU